GUUAAAAUCACAGAAAUCGGACAAGCGUGACGUCACAUAAAAAUAAACCCACGUGAAGAAUGCGUAUUUCUUCGUCUAAUUUAUUGAAAUUCGCUAAAUAAAAUUAAAAAAUCUACUGCGACAUCUGUAAUAGCAAAGAUUAUAAGACUGAUGAAAUACACCAAGUGAAAUUCGUUAUAAAAGAAAAAAAACAUUAGCAUGAUGGCUGUUUCCAGUGAUUUUGAAAAGCCUCAGCAUGACAGUCCAGCACAGAAUCAAGAUAAGUCUAGUGCAUCCAAAAAUAAUAAAAAGACAAAAGAGAAAAUAAUUCCUUCAAAAAAACAGAAAAUGAACAAGGGACUUGAUAUGAAGAAAUUAAAAAAGUUAUUAGAAGCAGACAAAGCAGCAGGAAAUCAAGAAACAAAUGGGGAAAGUAAGCCUGAUGUCAAAAACAAAAAAAGGGCAUCUGAGAAGCAAGCUCCAUCAUUUGUUGAAAUGGAAAGGAACAAAAAAUUCCAGCAAACAUUAGAGGCUGAUGAUUCCUUCAACCCAUUACAAGCAGAUAAAGGAAUUGGUAACAAGAACAAAAUUGAAAAGCCAUGUGGAAAUGAUUCAGGCAAAACAGAUAAGAGAAAAAGGGAAAAUGAGAACAAAACAUUUGAAAAGGAAAGGAGCAAGAAAUUUAAGACAGAUAAAGGAAUUAGUAAGAGCUGGAAGAAGGGGGCCGUUGGAAGAGAAAAAAAUCGUGCAAAACAACACAAAAGUCAGAAAGAGGAAACUCCAUUCAAAGGAGGUUUUGUAUUUGUUGGCAAUAUUGAUUUGAAAGCAAAACGCAAAGGCAUACAGAAAUUCUUUCAGACAUAUGGUGAGGUGGAAGGUGUACGUAUUUGCAGUCUUGAUCAGGCACACCCACAGGACAGAAAGAACAUUGCACCUUUUAGAAAGAGUUUGCAGUUCCAGGAGGCUUCCCAGUGUGCCUAUGUGAGGUUUAAGAUUGCAGAAUCAGCAACAGCAGCAUUGGAUGCCAACAGCAAGAUAUUUCGGGGAAACAGCAUUGUAGUUUUAAAUUCUUCUGGAAAUCGCACUGUCAGUGGCAGAUCAUCUGUGUUUGUGGGAAAUGUUCCAGUUGACACCAAUGAAGACGAGCUUGAGGAGUUAUUCCAAGAGUGUGGCAAGAUUGAAAGUGUGCGAAUAGUUCGGGAAAACAAAUCUGACACUGAGAGAGCAAUUGCCUAUGUUAACUUCGAGACACGAGAGGCCAUUGCACAGGCUAUCAAGAAAAACAACACAGAACUUCGGGGUCAGAACUUAAGAGUACAGCAUUAUUCGAUGCAGAUUCAGACAGAAAAAAAUCGUGAGAAGAUAAGUGCCAUUAAACAAAAGAAAGAAGAAAGGGCACCUCUAGCGAAACCCCAUACAAACAGAGAGGACUGGGCCGGUAAAAAGCCCUGGCAAAGGGGAGACAAGAAGCCUUCUAGUUAUGGGAAUAGACCCUUCACAGGAGGGAAGUUCUGGCCAAAUGACAGGACAGAGGGAGGAGACAGAAGAAAUUUUGAAGAUGACAGGAAAAAGGCAUCAUUCACACAGAUGCAUCCAGAUGUAAAACCAAGAAAGCAUAUCAGAUUUGAUGAAAAUAACACAUCAAGAGGCAACAUGCGACCACACUCGGUAGAUUUUCAACCCCUAUCACAUGUAACGAACAUGGAUAAACCAAAACUUCAUAUAAAAUUUGAUGAUUAGUUAUACAUUUAUAUAUAAUACCUGUAGAAGUGGUAAAAGAAAUUUAUGGAGAUAUGCAUGUGAUUAUGAAGACAAAGAAGAAAAUGAUGAAAGUUUAAAUUUGUUAUAUCAGUAACAAAUAGAUUUUUGUUUACAAUUUGCAUGUAUAUUAAUUCUUGUUAUUACAUGAAAGUAAGGUUUGUAAUAAAUUGUUAUUUUUA